AUGGACAGCUCCUACGCGCGCCAGCAAUCUCACGCAGUCCCUAGUCACGAUCUCUCCUCCAUCUCCUCCAACGCCUCCCCCCAGACCGUCAUCCCCCCGGCUUCGAGCCUCUUCAGCCUGAGCUCCGCCCGUCCCCAUGGCCUCCAGACACCCACCCUCCCCCACCAGACGAUAGCACGCUCUCCCGGCAGCUACAGUGCCACUCCAUAUGCCUAUCCUUACGGGAACUCGUCGACUUCGCCGAGCACUGCCGCUGGCAGCCUUCCGGGCAGCAUCCAUGAGACACUCCCCGACGCCAACAUGUCAGCCUCGGGAAUCUCACCGACACAUCUCUCUGGGGGCUUGUCUGCGACCAAGCGAGCGUACCGGCAACGCCGGAAGGAUCCCUCUUGCGACGCUUGUCGGGAACGCAAAGUGAAAUGCGACGCCACCGAGACGUCGAGUUGUUCAGAGUGCUCCAGCAGGAGCGAAACCAACCGUCGGAUGUCCUCGAUCAAGCAAGUCCAGGACCUACAAAGCCAGCUGGCCGAGGCGAAACAUCAAAUCUCGCAACUGCGUACCAUGCUGCAGCACGGAGGCGCAAUGGACAUUGACAAGCAACGAGUUGACGUCCCGUCUUUGAAUCUGCCCGACAUAGUCCCUAGCUCAGAAAGAAAGCACGGUCCUCCUUCGCUGGGCAACUUCGACCACGUCCGAAAGAACAUUCGCAUCUACAGUCGCGGCAUCUUCAAGGCGCCUCCCCCAUACCGGCACAAUGCUCCUCAGCCGCCUUAUCCAUCGGCCAACCUGCCGCUGCCGGAUAGACGCACCACCGACCAAUUACUGGCUCAGUACUAUGCAUCCACGCACGCUUGGGCACCAUUGGUUCACUGGCCGACCUUCAUCGCCGAAGUCGAGGAGAUCUACGCCGUUGGGUCCUUUCAAGGAGCGCCGCAAAUAUGGGUGGCUGUCUUUCACGCGGUUUUGGCGUGUGGAACUCUGCAGACAGCCGAUUCGUCUCGCGGGGCGCCGUUAGCUGAAGACAAAGGCAAAGAAUACAUGGAGAUUGCUGCGCGCAGUAUCAACACCUGGUCGGACGAGAUGACAAUCGACCACGCUCGGACUACGUUGCUGGUCAGUGUUUUCCUUACGGAAAUGAACCUCAAGUCGGCUGGAUGGGUAUGGCUUGGCUCGGCCGUCAGGAUUGCUCAGGACCUAGGAUUGCACUGUGAGACUGGGCCGUGGCCGGUAGUCGAGGGAGAAUUGCGUAGGCGGGUGUGGUGGUCGAUUUAUUCGUGGGACAGGCUCCUCUCGCUGGAGGUCGGCAGACCGGUCCUCAUCGACGACGAGGACUGCGAAGUUCCUUGGCCGGCAGCGGUCGACGACAGUCACGUCCAACCACACGGAAUCUCGCGGCCCUCGCCCGGACAGCCAAUGACGAUCACGCUCCACAAUACCAUUCCGGUCAUGCGCUUCAUAGGCCAGCUGAAGAAAACACUGAAAGCGAGGACGAUUGGGCCUGCCACAUUACAGACGUAUGAGGAAUACUUCCGCGCCAUCAUGUCUUCCAUCCCAGAGACGUACCAGCUUGCGCCCGAAAGCUACGUGGACCCAGGUGUUCUAACGUCUGUCCUCGUGCUGCCAUUCGCGCGCUUCCAUUUGUCCAGGCAUAAUCUGUCAUCUGCGUGCCACCUCACGGAGCGCAUCGAUGCACUCAACCGCUGCCUUUCCGUCGCACGGGACACAGCCAAAUAUAUCUCACGCAGCAUGCUCUCGCCGCCGGGCGAGCCGGGAUUCCGUGGGGACAGCUGGCAGGCACGCAUCCUGGCGACCGCGAAGCACAUGUUGUGCACCCAUCUCUGGCGCUGCACGCUGGUCCUGUGCUUCCGCGCCGACUACGUUGCGGCGCUGACAUGCGUGCGCGCCAGCGCAGCCAUUGGAUCGAUGAGAAAAGUCAACACGGCGUGCGGACGGAACCUGACCUUUUUCCUGGCCCGGCUCACGGAGCGCAUACAGAGCGGCAAUGGGUCGCAGAGCAUGCUGGAGGUGGACGAGGAGAUGCUGGCCUACGUGAGCGGCGACCUGCAAGGAUCCACGGAGAACAGUUGGGUUUGGGCAGGCAGCGAUACGGGCAUCAAGCUCAACACGCCGACGUCGACCCAGGCGCCGAAUGCUUUGAAUGCGGCGGCGGCGGCCGCCAAGGACCCGGCCCAAGCACGCAAGGCUUCGGGCGGCAGCAGCGAGAACGGCGAACCAAUGCAAGAGGACGACGAACGGUACCCUGCGCCUCGGAUGAACUCGAUGCUCACAGAUAAGGAAUCGCGCGAGUGGGGCGGUUGGGAGCGCAUUGAGCGGCAAAUAGCGACGCUCCUGGAUGAGCAGCGGUCUAGACACCACGCGCAGGUGCACGCGCAGAUGCAGCAGCCGGCCUUCUAUCAGCCCAGCCCGCACAAUGCAGGCAAGAGGGUUCAGUUGGGCUCGGAUGUCGGCAGCUUGCCACCCGGGCCUCCACCAGGGGCACCAGGGGCACCAGGGGCAGCAGGGGCAGAGGGAGGCGGUGGUGUAGCAGUGCCGCCACCAGGAAGCUCGGGUAGUUCGGCAAGCGCGGGCGGGACGAACAGAAUCAGCAUUGCGAACAUCAUUUGA